UCAUUUCCCCCGGGGUUCUGGUGGGGCGUCUCCAGCGCUUCUUAUCAGAUCGAAGGAGCCGUCAAAGCAGAUGGCCGGGGCCCUAGCCUAUGGGAUGCAUUUAGCCACCGGGUCUUGAACAUUGCCGAUAACCAGACAGGAGAUGUCGCGAUCAACGGGUACUACAUGUACAAACAAGACAUCCAACGCCUCGCUGCGAUGGGCGUACCAACAUACUCUUUCUCGAUCUCCUGGUCCAGGAUUUUCCCCUUCGGCAACGGCCCCAUCAACGAAGCAGGCCUACAGUACUACGACGACGUAAUCGACACCUGCCUGCAAUACGGCAUCAAACCCCAAGUGACAAUGUACCACUGGGACCUUCCCUUAUACCUUCAGCUCUCCUACGGAGGCUGGCUGAACGAAAGGAUCGUCGACGACUUCGUCGCCUACGCCCAGGUCCUCUUAGAGCGAUGGGGCGACAAAGUCUGGCAAUGGUAUAGUUUCAACGAGCCGCACUCAUUCUGCUAUGAUUAUCCAAUACCAGAUGGAUAUUUCCCUCCUACCAACAUCCCAGGCGUCCAACAACCCUUCUGGUGCGGACACUAUAUGCUCAUUGCCGCCGGCAAAACAUACCAGCUUGCACGUUCGAUGAACAUCACUGCCCCAAUCAGCAUCAAGAACAACGGCGGCUACAAGCUCCCUCGAACCGCCUCCCCAGAGGACGCAGAAGCCGUUGAGCGCGCCUGGGCAUUCAACGAAGGGUGGAUCGCAGACCCCCUAUUCCUAGGCGACUACCCAGCCCGUGUGAAGAACUUCACAUCGACCUUCUUACCCGAGUUCACUGCCGAAGAGCGGGACAUGAUCAGGGGAGCAAGCGAUUACUUCGUUCACGACGCCUACACGGCUGCAUAUCACAUGGCGCCCGAUGCAGGGAUCGAGGGGUGUCUAGCUGACCCCAACAACAGCCUGUACCCUUCAUGCUAUAACACCUCUUACACGUUGCCUGAAUCCGAAGGUGGUUGGCUUAUUGGCCCAGCGUCCGACCCUGGCUCGGUCUGGCUUCAUAAGGCUACUGAUUGGCUGCCUAGGUUUUUGCACUAUAUUCAGGACACGUGGAAUCCCGUGAACGGUAUAGCCAUUGCUGAGUUUGGAUUUGCGGAGCCGUUUGAGGCGUACAAGACUCUGCGCGAGGAUAUAUUGACGGAUCCUCUGAGGACGCUCUAUUAUCAUGAUUAUGUGCAGGCGAUGUUGAUGGCUGUUCAAGAAGGGGUUAAACUUGUGGGGUGCUCGGCUUGGAGUAUGGCUGAUAAUUUCGAAUGGAGGGCUGGGUAUACUGUUAGGUUUGGAAUACAGGUGGGUAUUCUUUUCUUCUGUAAAGAUAAGCUUUUACUGACAUCGUUGUAG